AUGGAGACGGCGUUCAAGAUUUUGAGCAAGAAAUCUUCACCGGCCGAGGUUCAGAAAUGGAUGCGAUUUGGAACCCAAAAUACAAGGCUUCUGAACAAAAUUUUACGAAAGAACGCCUCGACGAUCGGGGAGAAGACACAUAUUUUGACAACGAUCGGAAUAUUGAAAUCGUUGACUGCAAAAUUCCGACAGUUUCGAAAAGUAGGCGACGGAUUACAAAGCCGACGGCGGAGCGAUCGAGUAAAAUGGGAAGAUUUGGAGACGGCGUUCGAGAGUCGAAUUAGAACGGGUGCUGUAAUAAAUCUGCAACACAAGGAUUUGGCUGUGUUUUUGAAAGAUGCCAAACACGCAAGUUGCAAGACUCAAGAACAUGCUACUGUUACAAAGAACGCUGAAAUUGUGGAAGACAUUAAAUUUUUUAACACCAAAAAUCAAGUUAUCCUCCAACCAACGGACAUACAUGGGUGGUUCGAAGAGAAUGUCAAGCAGAAAGUGAUGGCCAAGGUGGAAGACUUCCAAGAAAAAGACUCUGGCUGGUCUUUGACUGAAAUCAUCAAUUUGACUGUGAAUAUCAACAAGUACGUGCCACUACGAGGAGGUGUCUUCACAUAUACACCACUACCCAAAGAUAUUCAAAAUCAGAAGGCCGUUGUCAACAUCCGUAACAGCGACUCGUAUUGCUUUCUAUGGUCGGUCACCGCAGCCCUCUUUCCAGCCACCAAUAAAAAUCCCAAUGAAGUCAGCUCGUACCCACAUUUCAGCUCAGUGCUACGGUACGAUGGUUUGAAUUUUCCAAUGUCCUUAGAUCAAAUUCCAAAAUUUGAAAAACUCAACGAUCUUUCGAUUAACGUCUACAGUAUCGAUUAUACUGACAAAUGA